AUGGAUAUCAUGGAAGGAAAUAAUUCUGAUACGUUUUAUAUCAACGCUACUCGACAUCUAGUUCACAUACAAGAUGGAAGACAUGCUGAAUGGGUGUUAUUUCGUCAAGGUUCACUUUUCAUCCAAAACAUACUCAACAACGAAGAAACGCCAUUGAUUGAAUUAGUCAACGAAGCAAAGCAAGAUAAGACGAAUUAUUAUAUUAGUCUAUACUCAUUUCCUGGAGUAGUAUUAGUUCAUCCAUCGCAGCAAAUUACAGAUGUUAGUCAGGCAAUUAUUUCCGAACGAUUAAAUAUUUUAAAUAAUCAAGAGAAUCCAGCCGUUAUUGCAAUUGGCAACACAAAAAAAAGAUAUUGA